AACUGUCCCCUGUGGCCACAUCCCUCCCCUCGUUGAACUCACACCCUGGCCUCAUGUGCCAACCCUACCUCUGAGCCCCCAAGCCUGUCAUCUCUUCCGGGAAGCCCCCCCUCUAGUGUUGAGCAAGGCUCCGAGGGUAAGAGCUACAGACCUGAGAUAGCGAGGCAGGUUCUGAACCACCGACCAAACCACCGGUGACACCCUGCCCCACCACACACUAGGACCCAAGAGUCUGGGUCCACAGCCUCUUCUCUCAGAGACCCAGGAGCCCAGCGCUUACCCCCAUGGAGCCCUGGCGGUCCCUGGCCCUGCUGGCCGGCUCCCUGGCCCUGGUCUCUGCCCUGGUUGCUCUGAGCACGGAUUUCUGGUUGGUGGCCAUCGGGCCCGGCUCUUCAGCUCACUCGGGCCUCUGGCCGAAGAGGGAUGAGGAGUUAGUAGCAGACUUCAUCCACGUGACACAGACCUUCAGCAUUCUGGCUGCCCUGUGUGGCCUGGGGUCUGUGGGCCUCCUGGUCCUGUCCUGCAUCCCCUCACUGUCGGUCCUGCGCCGCGGCCUCCUGGCCUCGUCCAUCACAGCCUUUGUUGCAGCCCUCUUCAUGGUGGUGGCCAUGGCCGUCUACACCAGUGAUUGGUGGAGCCAACCUCGACACCCCCAGAUCCAGUCCUCCUUCUCCUGGUCCUUCUACCUGGGCUGGGUUGCGGCUCUCCUCUGGUACAGCGCAGGUAGCCUGGGUCUGGUCGCUCACUCCCGUGCCCCUCGGCCUGGCUAUGACGAAGUGUGAGCCCAACAUGUGAGGCGAAGGUGAGGACAGCAAGUGGGUUGGAAAGCAUCAUCCAAGCAUCAUCCGGAGCCAUGGGAUCACCUGGCCCUCCCUCGGCCCUCGCCCCCAGCCCUUCCAUAGCCCCAUUGUUUGUUUAUUCAUUCUUUCAACAAUGAUUUGCUGCAGUCUG